AUUUCUUUGGGGGAAAAAACAAGGAAAUUUGGCGGAAGAAGCUAAUACGUAAGUCAGAAACGGGAAUGAAAUUGCUGUGGGUUGGUUUCACGGGAAAAGGAGAAAGUGGGAUUGGCAAACGGUUUGUCCUACUCCUUUCCCUUCCCUUUAUCAAAACGCAAAGAAUUAUUGAUUUCCUCCAUUUGUAAAUUGGGAUAGAUCAUAGAUGUUUUGUGUUUGUACGGCAAAGAAGCUUGUGGAUUCCAGAAAGCACGAAGGAGUGGAGGAGUGCAGACAAACACUAGACUAGGCCACAGGAAGAAGACUUCCUCGCCCCCACUUGCUUUUUGUACUGUGUCUUGUCGGUCUUUAGCUACCUGCGUUUGCUGGGUCGUCUCCUCUUUCGCCAUUUGAGGUCCAAAGGACGAGCUUGGCUCUCUCCUACUUUCUUUCUUUUUCUCCUUCAAGAAGGGUUCUGCUUUCUCUCUGAAUUCCGCGGUAAAGUUGAAUCAUUUUUUAGGGAGAUUCGUGGGUUUCCUUUUUUAAGCUCUCUCUUGAUUGUGUAGUUGAAUUCUGGUUUCUGAUAGGAGGUUUCUUCAGCGUUUUUUUUGUCGUUUAUGUUGGAAGGAGAAAGGGAAAUCUUGCUCUUCUGAUUCAGGAGUUGAAUUACUGACUGUGAAUUUAGUAUAGGAAACAAGUUGAAUUGUGAUCGAGGGUUUAGGAUUUAAGCUCUUCCUUUUGCAUAUUUUCGAGUACCCGAUCAUUGUUUGUUGUUAUCAGUUGUUCGUAUCAUUGAUCUGAUGACUGUUGAGCUCGAAUAGGAGUAACUUAUUGCAUGAUAUUUGGAUGAGUGGUUCUGGAAGCAGCAUCCAACAUGUGGGUUUCCUCCCAGUGAUUCUUUGGCCAAACUGGGAUCUUGCUCUAGUUUAUAUUCUUUACCCAGAUGGGACAUUUUUGCUUCUCAGGUUAGGUUUUUUGAUUAUAACGUGUUGAUGCCAAAUGGAACUUUGUUGUUUGUAGGCUGAGGUGCUAGACCUACCAUCGGCAAGAAAAUUGGUAACUGUGCUCUUCUUGCCCACGAAGAGAUGGGAUCCGAAGGACCAAAGGCUGUAGUGAUUCAUGUAACUGGAUUUAAGAAAUUUCAAGGGGUUGCCCUGAAUCCCACGGAGACUAUAGUGAAUAAGCUCAAGGAUUAUGUGGCAAAGCGAGGGUUGCCCGCUGGCGUUACCCUAGGGAGCUGCACGGUUCUUGAAACUGCUGGAGAUGGAGCUCGUGACAUGCUCUACCAGACCCUAGAAUCGAGCACUGCAACUAAUACUAUGAAUGCUGAAAAGAAUGAGCCAGUUGUUGUUUGGGUCUGUACUUGGGAGUGAACAUCUUACUUAAUUGCUCUUCAUCGUUGCUUUCUCUCUACAGCUUUGCGGAAAAUAAUGCUCAACAUCUUUCUUAAUGUUCACUUAUUCAGCUUCACUUGGGAGUGAACAGUGGUGCAAUGAAAUUCGCCAUUGAGCGACAGGCAGUGAACGAAGCCACAUUUCGAUGUCCAGAUGAGAUGGGAUGGCAACCUCAGAACUGCCCCAUCAUCCUGGAAGAUGGAGGAACUACCUCUGCAAGAGAGACUUGUUGCUCCAUUGAUGAAAUCCUGAAGUUGUUGAAGAAGAAGGGCUUCGACGUGACGAUAUCGGACGAUGCUGGCCGAUUUGUGUGCAACUACGUGUACUACCACUCCCUGCGGUAUGCCCAGCAGAAGGGCCACAGAUCCCUUUUUGUUCAUGUCCCACUUUUCUCGAGAAUUGAUGAGGAAACCCAGAUGCAAUUCGUGGCCUCUGUUGUCGAGGCUAUUGGAUCAACAUGUUAAUAAUAUGCCUAUCCCAUUGGAAAAGCUCGCUCUAAUCGUUUCCCGAAGCUUGUAUGGGUUGUUGUUGUACUAUGUCAUAUUGAGGUGCCAAGCAAAAUCGGCUUUGUUGCCUCACCAUCGUAAUAAUAAAAAGCAAAAGAUAGCUAGUUUCCAUUGUUAAAGCUCCCCUCUUUCUUGUGAUUUCUCGUCUGAAUCCAGAACCUCUCUCUCUCUCUCUCUCUCUCU